AUAUUUGCCAUAAUCACAGAAUUGAAGGGUUCGACGAUCAAUUCUCAUUCUCUCGCGUAAUCUCUUCCAGUAAAGAUGUCUGCUUUCGAUAACGUAGUUGUUGUUGGGAAGCUGAAGCUGAAAGGAAAACCCUUGGCCGUGAAAGGAGGUGGGGUUUCAAAGAAAAAUAAGAAGAAACGCAGCAAUUAUUAUCACCAAUUGUCUCAAGCCUCACAAGGGGUGAUAGGUGGAGAAGCAGUGAUGGAUGAUACUGAGAAUGACGGUGGCAGAGGACAGGCUGGGGCUUAUGAUGAUCAUCUGACACCCGCGGAGAGGCGGUACCUCCAACAGACAGAGAGGAUUCAACUGAAAAAGCUUGCCAAGAUGGCCAAAAAAUCACAUCGCGAUCGGGUUCAGGAAUUUAACCACUAUCUGGCAAAUCUUAGUGAGCAUCAUGACAUUCCCAAAGUAGGCCCUGGCUAACAACAUUCCCUUUCUUCUUUUUUGUCAAUUUGGAAUUUUGGAAUUGCAUUUUGAUUGUUUGGACCUCAAGAAACCUUUUUGUGUUACUACAUUUUUUAUAGAGAAGAUUGUCUACUUUUCCUUUGUC